UCGCGGGGAGGGCCACUCUAUAGUGACGGUUUGCAGUUGAAUAAACUAAGGCUGUCCCAUGCUGCCCUGCACACUCCCUGUGGUGUGAGCCUUGGCACUUACCUCAGGCCAACCCGUGUCCCAUGUGUCUGCUGGUUCGUUGAAGGUGCCGUGGGUUCUAGAUGGGGUGUUGCAUGCCAGCCUCUAUUGCGGUUUCAGUGUGUCCAGGAUCCUGAGACACAGUCAUGACAACACUGCGAAGUGACCUACCUUUCUCACUUAUACAUGCAUUGGGAUUUCUGAGGCUGCAGAGGCGCAGCGUCGCCAGAGACCCAGUGCAGGAGCAGACAGAUUUGUGAAAACAGAAAACAGCGCCAUUUCUUGUUUUACAUUAUUUUUUCAUUGAAAAAUGUUACUUAUAUAAUCUGUUAUACUUUAAAAGAAUAUUUUAAAAUAUCUGUUUAAUUCCUAAACGGUCAUGCACCGUAUGACAACUUAUUGGUCAGUGAUAGACUGUGUGUACAAUGGCGAUCCCAUAAGAUAAUAAUGGAGCCGAAUUUUCUGUGAGAAAUGGAAAUGGUACGUGGUUCGGGUGGAAUUUUUAUCUCCGAUGGGAGCAAUAUCUGUGGGACUUGGCAAAUAGAUUCCCUCUCACUCACAGCACUUCAAUUUUGAAUACACAGAUGACAUCUCAUUCAGUCAGCCACUGAACUGUUUCAGCACAGAGGAGCCUGUCCCCACAGUGCUACAUAUUCAGAGGGCACUGUAGCCAUCCCAGAUCUAACUCGAUGGUCUCCAUAGUACACUGCUGUAAAUUCUUUGUUGAGGAGCUAAGGUCCUGUGCAAGGACACAGUUCCACAGGAGCAACUUUAGUUUGACCAGCGUUCCUGGGAGCAUCUGGGACUUUGUUUCCGGCAGCUUCUCUCCCAGCCCAUCCCCCAUUCUGAAUGCCGGCCCCACAUCCUCUGCAAGCGCAAGUCCAAACAGUGCGGAGCUGGCACGGGUCAGGCGGCAGCUGGAUGAGGCCAAGAGGAAGAUCAGGCAGUGGGAGGAGUCCUGGCAGCAGGUGAAGCAGGCCUGUGACGCAUGGCAGCGGGAGGCCAAGGAGGCAAAGGAGCGUGCGCUGGCGGCCGACAGCGCCCGGCAGCUGGCCCUGCAGAAGAAGGAAGAGGUGGAGGCCCAGUUCAGGCAGCUGCAGGAAGAGCUGGAGAGCCGGGGCAUGUCCACACUCCCCGGGCUGAGGGGCUGCGGCGACAUUGGCACCAUCCCGCUUCCCAAACUGCAUUCGCUGCAGAGUCAGCUGCGCCUGGACUUGGAGGCCGUGGAUGGGGUGAUCUUCCAGCUCCGAGCGAAGCAGUGUGUGGUGUGCGGGGAACGGGCCCGUGGCACCGUCCUGCGGCCCUGCCAGCACCGCGUGCUCUGCGAGCCCUGUGCCGCCAGCGCACCUGAGUGCCCUUACUGCGAGGGCCAGCCCCUCCAGUGGUGACAGUGGCCACAGUGGCCUCACUUCCUGGUGCCACCGACGUCGGGACCCUGGCCUUGAGCUGCACCCACGGUUUCAUGGUAUUCUCUUCACAGACCUUAACGGCAAACCCACAGCACGCCCACGCCUACCACGCAGGGUCUGGGCAGGCACAGUAAUUACAUAGGGUUUGCGGUCCUGACACUACUGUGACCACAUCCUGGGAGUUCGGGUCCCGGCCAAGCACUUUGUAAGCUGAAGAAUUUAAAUGGAUGGUCUAAGUUGCUAUAAGCUGCUUUCUAGGUUCAUGUUUUUUUUUUAAUAUGCGAUAAUAUGAAGCUUUAUAUGUGUACUGUGAACUUAAAAUAUUUCCUAUCAGUUUAUUGUUAAUUCAUAUAGUAUGGUAAAUAUGAGAUUUCAUAUUCUGAAAUUAGUACUUAUGAAAUGAGCAUUUAUCUAGUAGUGAGAAAUGCCUAGGAUUUUUACAAGUUUCAAAUUAAGUGCAGACAAAUAGUAUUUAUAGCAGAGUGAUUAUUGAAAGACAUACAUUUAGAAGUUUUUAAUUUUAUGAAAGGAACUCUUCCUAAACACGUGCAUGCGCACACUAAUUAGAGUUUUAUAUCCCAACGUCGUGACAUGAGGGAGCUCGAUCACACAUCUAUGACCCGUGGCCACUUUUUCUAAGUGCCUGUGCCUUGCAAAAGAAGUGAGGGAAACAGUUCAUUCAGUUUUCUUCCUUGAAACUUUGUAAGACAAUUUGAUACUAGUGAAAAGUGCAGCCAAGGGGGUACAUUAAUUUUACAGAGCCUUGUUCUGGACGGGCAGUAGUGCUCCCUACCUUCCUGGAGCUGGCUGCCCAGUGUCCCAGCUGGCCCAAGGUCACUCCCCACACCUGGGACCACCAGGACUCCUGCCCAUGUGGGACAGGCUUGCCAAACUUUGGCAUGUCCAGACUUCAGGGUGACACUGUCGCCUGAUAUGUCCAGGUAUUAUCAGUCAGCCAUGAGACUAUAGGUUGAGGACGUGGCCGCCAUGCCGGAGGACCUGGCUCUACCAUGGGUCCCUUGGCCCUUCAGCGGCAGCCUAGCUUCAGGACCACAGCAGAAACACUCCUGAGAGCGGGUCUAAUUUUAGUGAUGACGAGAAUCUCCUCUGGUCUGCAAUGGGUCAUUUUGCCUAGAAAUCUGAAAAGUGAGAUGGCUGUAAUUUACCCAAAUUCUGCUCUCAGCAAAGCAGGUCUAAACGGCCGUGAGAAAAUCUUUCCAGAACCUGCCGCUGGGAGUGGGAGCAGGUACUAGCCUUCUGGCCUGGAAGUGAACGCUGAUGCAUUUCUACUCGCCUGGGGCUUUGCCAAAGACUUUUAAUAGCAUUUUUUAAAGUGCGAAGUGACUAGGUAAAAAUUUUUAUCAGUGACCAAAUUAGAAUGUAUUUACUAUAGUAAGUUUAAAACAUUUUUAAUGUAAGACAAAAUGAUUGAAAAGUUGUCAUUUUAAAGGUGGAUCCAUGACAUUCCGCAGCUAGUCCGCUACUAAAGGUAACUAUUUACUUGGUUUUAGUGAAUCUAUUUGUUUUUAAAUAUAGUGAUAAUGAUUUAUUAGCUCUUAGAAAUUACGUAUAUUUUGUGCUACUGUUAUCACUGUUUAAGACUAUUUUUAUUAAUAUUUAUGCACUUGUUUCCCAUUUCGGGCCUUUAGCCUUUUUUGGGAUAACAGGACUGUGUUUAUGACUGAUAUCUAGCCUAGACAUUUUCAAAUUAUAAACAAGAACAAUUAAGCUUUAGGUCUAUUUAUAAGCUACUCCAGUCAGUUCUGUGGAAUUUGGGGGACUGGAGGUGCAGUGCUUACAGGUGCCCCACAGCCGGGGCUGGGGGCACAGCCCUGAGCACUUGCCCUUCUCAGGUCAGGACUGGCUCUGAGGACAGGUAUGUGAUGGGAAGACCAAAGAACCACCCAGAGCAGAACUCGCCAGGUGCCCAGGCGCUUAGGGCCAUCACUGCGGCAUGCUCCGGGGGGCUGCUCCUUGAGGUCCUCCCCACCCUUGCAGUGGCCCUGGUCUUCUGAGGGAGCUGCCCUGUGCAGGCUUCACAGGCUGAGCUGGUGAUUGGCUCAGCCUCUCAGGGCUUCACCGUCCCAUCUGUGGGUAAGGAGCAAAGGGUGUGCUGGGUGUAGCAACAGAAGCCGUGUGGUGCUUGGUGUCCUCUCCCAGCUCUCCUGUUCAACAUUAAUGGUAAUAUCGUCACACCAUUCAUGUAACUGGUCAGCAGACUUCAAUUCAGUGUGGAUGCUUUAUGUGCAUUAAUUUAUGGAAACCCCCAAUCCGUAUGUAUGUUUUGAAUAUUUAGAUGAGAAUGUUAUUGGAAUGGAAUUUUCUUAACCCAGAAGGUAGUAUUUAUAAUGCAUAAUCAUUUACUUGUAGUGAAUUGUUUAAAGUUAACUCCUGUUUAAAUUUUUUUACACUAUAGCAUUUAUGCAAUGGUUUACAGAAUUCAUGGAAUUAUUUUUAUCAGUAUGGGAAUUAAAACUUUGAAUCUUUA